AUGUCGGAAGCUGAGGUCAGUUCCCCUGGCUCUGAUUCUGGUAAAAGUCCAGUUUCAAAGUUGGAUAUUCUUUCAAGAGAAGAUUUGGUCAAAUUUAUCAAGAAACAAACCGUCACAUUGCAGAAAACUCGAUCUCAAUGUGAAAGUCUUAAAAAAGAAGUGGCCCAAUUGAAUACCUCACAAGCUGAAAAUAGUUCUUCCAAAGACAAUGGAGAAAUUAAGGAAUUGCAAGAACAGGUUCGAAAAUUAUUGGAAGAAAAAGAACAGCUGCAAGCAAGGCAUAACUCAUUGCAAGCAACCAUUGUUGAUAUUGAAAAGCAACAUGAAGUUGCUUGUGAAGAAAAAUCCAACCUUAAUGAAGAAGUGGCUCUUUUACAGAAAGAAAAGAAAGCACUUCAAGAACAGAAUGAGUGUUUGAAAAUGAAGGAUGAAACCUUAUCAGCUUCAUUUCAUUUCAUGCAAGAGGAACAGGACAAAAUAAUCUCAGAAAAUAAGAGUCUUAAAGAGCAAAUCAAUGUGUUGAUCAGUGCCAGAGAUGAAAGUCUAAAGGCUCUGAAAGAUUUGAAGGAACAUCAUACAGCUGAAUUUUCAGAACUUCAGUCACAAUUGGAAGAGUCUAAACUUAAAUGUGAACACUUUGAAGAAAGAGCUAAAGUUGCAGAGUCUGACAGUCAGGCAAACAAAGAUUUUGGGGAUGUGGCUACUGAUAAAAUAAAGGAACUUUUAGCCAAAGUAGAAAGUCUUCAGAGCUACAAUGGCAGCAUCUCUGAACAGUUAAAAGAAAAAGAAAUCUGCUUAAAUAAAAUGGAUGAUGAAUAUAUUGAAGCCAGGAAAACUAAAGAAAAAGAAGCUGAACAGAAGAAAUGUGCUGAAUCAUUAAGUGUGGAAGAGAAGAUGUUGAAAUUACAAGAAAAUUUAAAAGAUAAAGAUGAACUUAAUUAUAAAUUGAAAGCUCUGGCUGUGAAAGGCAAAAAACAGUAUGAAGAGAUGAAAAUUCAGGUAGAAAAAAUAAAUGAAGAAAAAAAGGCAUUAGAGGAGCAACUGCUUGUGGCAAAAGAAAAUCUAAGCCAUUUGGAGAAUCAGAAUAUUGAAUCAGGGAUUAUGUCAACUAAUUACAAGCAUUUACAAGAAGAAUAUGACAAGUUGCAUGAUAUUCUUGAAGCUGAGCAAAAGAAAUCAACCAAUUUCCAGAAAGAUCUUGAGCAGAGUGUCCAGGAUCUUUUGGAACUAAAAGAAAACUAUGGAGAAUUGAAGAAUGAAAAAGAGAAGAUUAAUCGACAAUUGGAAGUAACUAGUCUUGAAAAUAAGUCUAUGGAAAGCCAGUUAAAUGAAUUAAACCAAAAAUUGAAAACUACUGAAAUGGAUAAAGAAACAUUAAAAUUACAGAAAGAUGAAUUAACAAAAGAAAAAAAUGAGUUUACACUUAAAUAUCAAGAACUUGAAAAGAUUGUUGAAGAAAAAACCAAUCUGUUACAAGCACAAACAGAAGAGUUAAAUUCUGCCAAAAAGGAAGCAAAUCAGAGCAGCAUGAUGGAUCUUGAAAUUGCUGAUUAUGAACGAACUGUAAAUUCUUUACAAGUCCAAUUAAGUAACAAAGAUGAAAAGAUAGCAGAGUUGCAAAAUGAAGUAACACAUUAUGAAGAAAGGACGAAAACUUUACAAAAAGAGAUUGACACUAUAGAUGAACAAAGAGUACAGAUUGAAGACAGGAGUAACAAAUUGAAACAAUUGCUUAUGAAAUCUAAAAAGGAUCUUGCAGAUGCAAAGAAAUUGGAGAAUGAACAGAAAACGUCUGAGGCUCAAUUAAGAGGCCAGAUGGAACAUUUAAUUCAACAAGUGGAAGAUUGUAAGAUGCAAAUGUCAGAGAUGGGAGUGGAAAAUAAUAAUCUCCAAGAUCGUUUAAAGAAUAUGUUGGAUUCCCAGCAGCGCUCCUCUAAAUCCCAAGAGAAACGUAUUCUUUCUUUACAACAACAAUUAGAACAAACACAGGAUGAAUUAUCUUCCGUACAGAAUGAAUAUGAAGGAUAUAAAGUGCGUGUUCACAGUGUUUUGAAGCAACAAAAAAAUAAAUCUGCUCAAGAUACUGUAAUUGUUGAAAAACAAGAGAAAGAACAUCUGGAAAAGAUAAUUGACCAACUGAAAUUAAAACUACAAGAAACAAGUGUUAACUUCACUACUUCCAUGCAGGAAAAUGAAACUUUGCAAGAGGAACAUGAUAGAUUGCUUCAGCGCCAAAAUAAACUCUUACAAGAUUUUCAGGACAAAGAAAAUACAUUUAAACAGGAAUUAGAAGAGUUGGCCAAGCAGAAUACAGUGAAAAAUGCAGAAUAUGCAGAAGCUAUUCGCCAGUUGACAUUGCAGAAUGAAUCUUUGACUCUCCAGUUUAAGGAUCAAUUAAAGAGCUUAAAGGAAGACCAUCGUAAAACACUGGAUGUGCUCCAUCAACAAAUUGACAUGGCUGAAAAGGAGAACUACCGACUGCAAAGAGAGUUACAACAACCACAAUACUCUAGUGCAGUUGUUCAGCGAUCUAAUAAGUCUGUUGAGAGAGAUCCUACUGACUCUCCCUCUUCUGAUCUCCCAUUGGAUAUAGCUCGUAAUGAAGAACGGCAACAAGGAGAGGGAAUGGAAUAUGUUGAUUCUGAGUCUUGUCACCGGGUCAAUAAUAUCCAAGGUGUCUCAUCACUUGUCACUUUUGAACAGUUACUUAGCCAAACUGAAGAAGAAGUCACAAAAUCUGUAUUGAAUGAAGAAGAGCUGAAAUUUGAUCUAGACAGUGCUCAAAAGAGAAGUGAUCAUUUAGCAAAGCUUUUAAAUGAAAGUGAAGCAACUGUAAUGAGGUUAACAGAACAAGCCAAAAUUCUGAAAGAAGAAAUACGUCGGUUGGAACGAAAUCAGGAAAGAGAAAAAGAAGCUGCUAAUAUGGAAUAUUUAAAGAAUAUCUUUCUUAAGUUUGUCAUGUUGAAAGCUGGUGAUGAGCGACAAAUGCUAAUCCCAGUUCUGUGUACAAUGCUGAAACUCAGCCCUGAAGAAAAAUUAAAACUCACAGCAAUUGCCCAAGGUGAUGAUAUUGCUUCAGGAAACCAAGCUGCAAGUUGGGGGUCUUAUCUCCAUCGAUGGUCUGGACUGAUUUCUCUUUCUGAUAUUCACUUGUAUCAAGUGAGUCUGUGGUCUUUCUGUUACACAUUUGAGAUGGCUGAUGUCCUCACUGCAAUACUUAUUUUAUAUGUCAAACAUGUCUGUUGA